AUGGGUAAAUUUUCAUACAUUUUAGCUGCUGCUGCCACUUUAUCAGUUGGUUAUGCCAUCUAUUUCGAUUAUGAACGUCGUAAUUCUCCAGAAUUUAGAAGAAAAUUGAAAAAAUCAAAGAAACAUCAUGAAAAAGCAGUGAUAGAACAUGAAAAAGAAGUUAAAACUGUUAAAUUAGAAGCUGUUAAAGAAGCUUUGAUCCAAUCAAUGAAAGAAGGCCCAGCUAUCCCAACCGAUGCUGCUGAAAAGGAAAGAUUCUUUAUGACUCAAGUUACACAAGGUGAACAAUUGAGUGCUGUUCCAGGUGAAGAAUUAAAUGCUGCUAUACAUUUCUAUAAAGCUUUAUCAAUCUAUCCAAACCCAACUGAUAUCUUGAACAUUUACCAACGUUCCGUUCCUGCUGAAAUCUAUGAAUACAUUAUUAUGUUGAUUGCUUUACAACCUCCACAAGCUGUGGCAAACAUUUUAAGUGAAUCUGUUCAGUUAGAUCAAGAACAAGAACAAGAUUAA